GAGGGUAAAUGGAUGGAGUGAGUGUCCUAUGCGUGGACGACUAGGGCUAAUUCUGGCCUCCUAAUCCUGGUCCCUUUUGCCCUUCCCCCCUCGUCCUGUUUGCUAUCUCCUCUCCGAUGAUUAGGCGCAAUCGAUGACCAGGUAGACAUAACUAAAAAGAGGCUGCUUUUGUGCAUAGCUAACCGGGUGACCUUGAUAGCAAACGCACCUGUUUGAACCUCAUUGGAGGAUGUAGCAUCGGCCCUCAAGCCAAGCUAAAGGACACGCGCCACCAUGGGAGAAGCUCAGAAGGGCUUGCUCUCCGUCAUUGAGAAACUGAAGGGCUCCAGCGACCAGGAAGUCAGAAUAGUUCUUUUGGGCUUGGACAAUGCUGGUAAGACCACCCUGCUGAAGAGCCUGGCCUCUGAGGACGUCAACACCAUCACACCUACACAAGGCUUCAACAUAAAGAGUGUGGCAUCUCACGGCAUGAAACUCAAUGUGUGGGACAUUGGAGGGCAGAGGAAGAUCCGACCUUUCUGGAAAAAGUAUCUGGAGAACACAGAUCUGUUGAUUUAUGUUAUUGACAGUGCGGACAAAAAGCGAUUUGAGGAAACAGGACUGGAGUUAUCAGAACUGAUUGACGAGGAGAACCUGAAGGGCGUUCCGGUACUAAUCUUUGCCAAUAAACAAGAUUUGGCCACAGCAUCGCCAGCCAGUGAGAUUGCAGAGGGCCUCAACCUUCAUACGUACAGAGACCGCGAGUGGCAGAUUCAGGCUUGCUCAGCCGUGUCCGGGGAAGGAGUGCAGGAUGGCAUGAACUGGAUUUGCAACAACAUCAUGAACAAGAAGAAGUGAACAACUAGCAUCACUCUCACACAAUGCAUCAUUUGCUUUCUUGUCAUGGGAUAAAUAUGUUUCUAAAUAUAGUUCCUAUUUAAGCGACACUGGAUAAAUUAGGCUUUUACAGAUGUGAUCAUCCUGUAUGCAAGAUUAGAAGUCUUGGCCUCUCUACCGCUUGUAUACUGUAGUUUAAUGUGGGUCCAGUAUGUGUUUGGAAGAUUUUUGACAAUAAAAUGUUCAGUCUUGUCAUCUUCUUUGGAUUUUCUGCCGUUUUCUACUCUAGGUUCUUGAAAAACAACACUUUUCCCCAAAUCUUAAGAUAUGUAUUGUCAUAUACAAUUAAAUUCUUCCUUUCCUUUCCACAAUGAAAGCCAGUAACACACCGUACAUAAAAAACAUAGAAAAGGUCAAAGCUAGGUAAAUAUUCCGUGGAAAGGCAGUACCUGAAAAACACAUCACUCCUAAUCAAAAUGCUAAGGACGUUCUCAGUAGAGCUUCAAAAUGCAAAACUAAGAAAUGCGAGUGAGACAAAAUAAACUUGAGUAAGCAACUUAUUGCAUACAACCAUUAAGUGAAAUCGACGGUUCAUCAGCUGAUCAAAAGUUUAACACCAUAGCUCAAAAAACCCAAACCACCUUAAAAAAGAAAUAAAAUGUUCAAAAUAGGAGUAAGUAAUGCGUCGCUGUUCCAUUCUUGUUAAUCACCUCAAACAUUGGUUUGGGCAUGCUUGAUGCCAGUGUUUCCAGGAGGUUAGUGGGAAUGUUGCUCCAGGUGGUGAAGAUGGCUUCACGGAGGGCAUCCACUGUCUGGAACUGACGUCCAUUUUUGUAAACUUCCCUUGCCAUCCAUCGCUAAAUGUUCUCUAUAAGAUUUAGGUCAGGGGAACACACAAGAUGGUCCAAAAGAGUGAGGUUAUUCCUCCUUUGUCAAGCGAACUCGUGAACUGCAGUGUUGUCCUGUUGAAAAAGCCAGUCUUUACCACACAGACGAGGGCCUUCAGUCAUGAGGGAUGCCACCUGCAACAUCUCCACAUAACCAGCUGCCGUUUGACGCCCCUGCACAACCUGAAGCUCCAUUGUUCCAUUGAAAGAAAAAGCAGCACAGAACUGCUUUCACUUCCAAAUGCGCGAACCUGUAACACGUGUAACACGACAAUACAACAUUGUAACAACAUUUAUAGGUCAGAAAAGAGGAAAAGCACAAUGUUCCCUUUACUCAAAACAUUUUUUGUUUCACUCCCAUUUUUUCUCUUUGCAUUUUGAAGCUCGACUUAGAACCCCCUGAAGACCCAACAGUGCAAAGUGUAAAUUCUUGAUCAGCAGUUCAUAUACGUUCUAGGAGGACAAGCUGUAUAGAAAAUGGAAGUUGUAGUAGUAUGUUUUACACGGUGAAAAAAAACUAGUAAAAGUAGUUUGGGAUGUUUUUGCACACAACUUCCAUCAACAGCCACAACAACAAACGAAAAUCACAUGCAUGUGUAAACGUCUCC